UCCUGCUUCUGCCUCUUAAAUAGUUCAUUAAGGCUGUGAAGUGCUGCAUCUGCCUGUCCUCAGCAGUUUCAUACACUGCUUUCUAAACCUCCUACUCCCAAGGAUGUACGAGUUCUUGGCCUCUCUAUGUCAUGUUGGAAGAAUGAAGCAGGAGCAGCAGGAGCAGCAGGAGCAGCAGCAGCAGCAGGAGCAGCAGGAGCAGCAGCAGCAGCAGGAACAGCAGGAGCAGCAGCAGCAGCAGGAGCAGCAGCAGCAGUAUAUUCUGAGGGCUCUUUGGUGGCCACUAAGCAUUAAUGAGAAUACUUUUUGGACCCAAAAACAGAAAGUCUCUCCCUUAAUUAAUUAGAGUAUGGUCUAUGACCUUGAGGAGUGAAUGAGAAUCUAGGGAGGCCUCAUUCCCCUACUCCCUGGGUCUCUCCCCAGACAGCAGUGCUCCCUGAGCACUCUGGUGCUCUUAGGCUCUGGGCACUCAGUACUUCCCCUGGAUUCUCUCUUGGGGCUCCUAUGUUCCACGAACACCUGCUUCAGAUGUACAAACAACAACUUCAACUACCCUCUCGUGUGUUCUUAUCUGGGUUCUUAUGCUGCCACCAAAUGUUUGUGCCAAAUAGAAAUGUUUA